AUGAGAACCCUCAUCGCACUUCUUGUCUUCAUCGGGGUUGCAACUGGAGCAGCGGUUGUCUACUCGGGAACAACAAGAACAUAUGUCCUAAAUAAGUUCAUCGGUCAUCGCUCAAAAGUGGCAAAGGGACAACAACAAUGGCAUGACUACGAGGCCGAGUACGACUAUCAAUGGGGGGGUGGUCCAAAACCACCAGUCGAGUAUUACCCGCCAGCCAAGAAGAUGUACAGUCUGCAAUGGAACGCCUCGUUGGCCACCGCCGCUGCCAAUCGUCUGAAUACUCUUUCGGGCAAUCAGAUGACUGGAACAGUGCCAAGCAAUGUCGGAGAAAUCACUCAUGGUGUUCUUUAUGGGAUCGCUCCAAACACACUGACUGCACAGGCUAUGUUCGAUGCCGCUUGGAGUAGCUCGUGGGGCAACUAUUUAAACAGUUUCGGCCUCCCGUCGAUGGCCUAUCAGCCCAAUAGUGGCAACAGCUACUAUAACUUCAACUAUCAGAUCAUCUCCGGACAAACCACCCAAAUCGGUUGUGCCUACAUUAACAUGACAAACAAUCAAUACGCGACGGUCUGUCAUAUGUACCCAAGAGCUCUGGGCGCCGGCGUCUCCGUUUACGUGGCCGGAACAACACUUGCCACCGCGUGUACACAAUGCCCGAAUGCCACCGCCCCGUGCAAUUCCGUCAACAAGCUCUGCGUCAUCAAAGCAUCUGGA